CGUAAACGUUUUGGCGUCGUUUUAUAGCGCUGAAAAGCUACCAACCACCCCAUGUUAUCUUCAUACUGCAGCUAUAGUAGUGAUAGCUAGCGACUAUGUCUAUUAUUUACGUUUGUUUUCUCAUAUUGUAAAAUUCGCCGAUCCACAACUCGACCAUCCCUUUUGAAAACAUCGAAGCUCGAUCGAUUCCAUCUGGCAAAUAGCUAUAGCCAUAAAAGCAGAUAAAGUUUGCACGAGCAGAGCGGGAGCCGACCCACGGAAAGCAGCUCCGAGCCGAAUGGAGCGCUGGAAUGAUCGUCGUGCCACGACCAACAGCUGAUUCGGCAACGUAGUCUCUCAGAAUUACCAGGUCGUGUCUAGCCUUUCUCUCGACCUGCUAAGUGCACCCGGUUAUCCUCGCCCAUCCAAGGGACCUGUGAGGGUUACUUUAUCGUCUUUUUCGAGAGUAGAUUCUCGAAUAUCAUGAGUACUGACGUGUCAUACUGACGUAAUUAGUGAAGAUAGGAGGGAUGGCUGCAAUCUGCUAGCGAUGUCCACGUAUGUGUUGACGUCUGGUGAAUCCCUGGAUCGCCGGCUAUGUAACAGAAAGAAAAAGUAGCGUAGCGCCGACAAAAUGAAGCUAGGCCACGCCGUCGCUGCAGUACUGCUGCUCGCCUGGGCAUUGCAGGCAGCAGAGGUAGCUAAGGAUGCAGGAGGAGGAGAAGCCAAUCUUGAGCAGAAGCAGGAUGAGCCUGCAACGGAUGUUAGUCCACCGGCCAAAUCCACGGAGGACACAGAGGAGGAGAUUGUUACAGAGGAUCUGGAGACCAUCAUCGAGCACCUCAGGGAGAUCACUGCUCUCAGCGACACGGUCAGGUCUUUGCUGCCUCCGGCAGAUCCCUAUGUCGGAGACAAGGCUCUUAAGCAGCCAAAAGUCAAAGUCGAGGGAGAAGAGGAGGACGGCUCGGAAAAGGAGUCUAUGCAGAGUUGGAUGAAGUCUGUGAUGACACAAGUUAAGUAUGGAGAUAACGUCGAGUCUACUGCUCAGCAAGCAAUGUCGGAGGAAGAGGAGAUGGAAGGUUGGACAGAGGAGAAGCCAGAAGAGGAUAUUGUUGAGGAGCCUCCUCGACCACUUACACCGCAGGAGCAAGAAGCUGAGGAGUUAUUUGAGGACGCCAAAAGACUUUUAUAUGCCACCAGAGCGAAUAAGGCUGAAGCAUACAAGCUGUUUACAGCUGCAGCAAUUCUGGGUCACAGGGAAGCUCGCUCAAUGCUGGUAUGGGUUCAGCUACUUGGAACACACAUUAGUUCAUCUUCCCGCUCAUCUAUUCAAGAUAUACCAGUUGCCAGGGUAAUAUUGAAAGAGCUUGCUGAAACAGGAUUGCCUUCUGCACAUAUGGGCAUGGGAUUCUUGUAUGCAACAGGGCUUGGAGGAGUGGAACCUUCACAAGCCAAAGCACUUUUACAUUAUACAAUGGCAGCUUUAGGAGGAGACGUUCGCGCCCAAAUGGUCAUGGGUUAUCGACACUGGUCCGGUAUAACUACUCCAGCAUCCUGUGAAAAAGCUUUAGAUUUUUAUAGGAAAGUCGCUAACAAAGUUGCUGAAGAAGUAUCCUUAAGCGGAGGUCCAGUUGUGCAACGUGUGAGACUUCUCGAUGAGCACGAAAAUCCUAAUUACAGUUCUGGAAUUUUUGAUCAAGAUUUAAUAGAAUAUUAUCAGCUGCUUGCUGAAAAAGGUGACGUGCAAGCUCAAGUUGGUUUGGGACAGCUGCACUAUCAAGGUGGAAGAGGAGUGCCCAUUGACCAUCAGCGAGCUUUACACUAUUUUCAAAAUGCUGCUGAUGCCGGUAAUCCUGUUGCAAUGGCCUUUUUGGGAAAAAUCUAUUUGGAAGGUAGUGAUAUUGUAAAACAGGACAAUGACACUGCAUACAAGUACUUCAAAAAAGCUGCAGAAUUGGGUAACCCAGUAGGUCAAAGUGGUCUUGGUCUAAUGUACUUAUAUGGCAGAGGAGUUGAGAAGGAUCCUGCCAAAGCUUUGCAUUAUUUCAGUCAAGCAGCUGAACAAGGCUGGGUAGAUGGCCAGUUGCAACUUGGAAAUAUGUAUUUCAGUGGUACAGGAGUGCGGCGCGACUACAAGCUGGCCAACAAGUAUUUUAACCUGGCUAGCCAGUCAGGACACGUAUUGGCCUUCUACAACUUGGCACAGAUGCACGCCACGGGUACCGGCAUGAUGCGCAGCUGUCCCGCAGCUGUAGAACUACUCAAAAACGUGGCCGAGCGCGGAAAGUGGAGCGACCAGCUCAUGACAGCUCAUGCAGACUACCGUGAGGGUCGCAUCAACGAGGCUUUCGUCACGUAUUACCUGCUAGCAGAAAUGGGAUACGAGGUUGCUCAGAGCAACGCUGCCUUCAUCCUGGAUCGCGCCGAAACGACUAUAUUGACUGAAGAGGAGGGUCUUGUUCGGGCUCUGUCUCUUUGGGCUCGAGCUGCAGCUCAAGGAUACUCAGUUGCUCAGGUGAAGCUAGGGGAUGCACAUUAUUAUGGUCGAGGCACCAAGGUAGACUACGAAGCUGCAGCAAGCCACUACCGUUCGGCCUCGGAACAACAGCACAAUGCGCAGGCAAUGUUCAACUUGGGUUACAUGCAUGAACGCGGUCUGGGCCUCACCAAGGACCGUCACCUGGCCAAGCGCUGUUACGAUCUGGCAGCCGAAGCCAGCCCGGACGCACGCAUCCCCGUCGCUCUGGCACUCAUCAAGCUCUUCCUGCUUUUUGGCCUCGAUUACGUGCAAGAACUUGGGCUUUUCGACCAACUGACCAAGUGGGACGAGUCUCUCGUUCAGAGCUGGGACCUGUAUCUCAUAGGCCUUCUCGGCGGCGCCCUCGGGCUUGUACUCUAUUUCAAGAGGCCUCAGGUCCCGAGAGCUGCUGCUGCUGCCCAGGCGCCACCCGUUAACUGAAUGGGAGGACUGAAUGUUUGUACACACACACUCGUUGAGCAUUCGCCCCUUGAAGCAAGACGUCACUCCGAGCUCGAGGAUGAAUUGUUAUCUGUUAUUGCAAUUGAGUGCUGAUUACAUGGGUCUCCUAUGAUGAUUAUGAUAAACACUCCGUGUCCCGAAGUGAGACGAUAUCUAUAAGAUCAUUUGGUUACACUUAUUUAGUGCGGUGCGUGAAUAGUCAAGACUUUUUUUCGAGCCUAAAACGAGAUGAGCAGGUCCCUUUGCUGUUUUUGUUUAUGCAAUGACUUAGAUUGAACGUUUUUUCAUUGUUUGAAAUUCACUGAUACUCCAAUACUUUAUUCAAGAUAAGAUUAAAAACAUUUUAACUUGAUUUCUUUUAAGGUUUGGCUUGCACAUGUGUGUGUAUAUAUAUAUAUAUAUAUAUAUAUAUAUACACCUUCUUGAUUAUAACGUGGCUUAUGCCGAUUAAAUUUGUAUAUAUAGUUAUUAUAUUAAUAGAUAUAGCUAAGAAUAAAUAAUUUGAAAGCAUAUUUAUGAAAAAAACUUUCUCGAACACUUUUCAAUCAUGCAUUGCACAUUAUUUUUCGAAAAAAAUCGGUUAAAAAUUUAAUCAAUGUAAAUAAUUAAGAAAUAAAUUUAAAGAGAAUCGAAGGCAUGAAUGCUUGGUUUCAAGUCAUAAAACAUAAUACCAAUCGCUCCAUUUGUCACUGGAGCGAUUGGUCAAGUCGAAAUGUAUAAAAUGUUGAAAAAAUUCAAAUUGUACAGUACUAAAUUUGAAUUUUUUUAGUCAACUCAAUCAAUGAUCGUGUAUGAUUAAUGCUAAAUUAAUUAAUACUUUAAUACACGUAUUUAUUUUAUGAAAAUGAAUGAUGCUUCUUUAUUGUAAAAUAAUUUGUAAGGCUACUGAACGUAGCCUUAAGUAAUAAGCAUUAUCUUUGAUGAUUGAUAGCUUAUUCUACUAUAUUCAUUUAAUACAUUGUAAAAGUGCAAAUAAAACAACUGUACAGAUUUAAAUAAGAAAUUGUGUGUUGUGUUUAUUGCGUUUACUUUAUGUAUAGUACUGUCGAUAGAACUUAUUUUGUUGUUGAUAUAUGUUCAUUUAUUGCGUACUAUAACUGUGAUGAAAAAUACAUUUGAAAUAAUACAUUUAUGAAACACAAA